AAUGAUUCAAAAUCAGAAUUAUGAGGUUCAUAAAAUUGUUGGUAAAAAGAAGUAUGAAAUACUUGUUAAAGUGUUGGGAUAAGGUCAAUAUGCAAAGACUUAUUUGGCUAGAAACAUACAAACUCAACAAUACCUGGCUUGCAAAGUUUUUAUAAUUUUAAUACAAAUUAGGUGAUUUCUAAAGAAUAAAUUGUUCAUCAACUGAAUCAAAUUGAAAAUAGAGAAUUGGCAGAAAGAAAAAAACAAAAAAUAACAGAAAGGUUAUAGAAUGAAGUUGAUAAUACAAGCAAAAUGUGUAAAUUGAUAUUUAUUAUUUUAUAUAGCACAUCCUCAUAUUGUAAAAUUUGAAGAUUUAGUUGAAAGUCCAAACAAUAUUUAUUUUUUUAUGGAAUACUGUUCAGGUGGAACCUUAGAAAAAUUGAUUCAAAAUAGAAAAAGACUAAGUUAAGCUGAUGCCUUACCUUAUUUUAAAUAAUUGGCUUCAGGUAUUAUAUAUAUUUUAAUAUAUAGGUUGUGGAUAUCUUUAUGAAAAAAAUGUCAUACAUAGAGACUUAAAACCAUCUAAUGUUUUAUUAUAAGACAAUGUUAUUAAAAUAGCUGAUUUUGGUUUAUCUAAAGCAAUGGAGGAAUAAAUCAAAGAAAUUGCAAAUGAUAAUACUCCUUGGAUUGGAACACCUUUGUAUAUGAGUCCUUAAGUAAUUGUUAAUAUAAUAUUAUAGGUUAUAGGACAAGAAUAUUAUUCAAUAAAAUCAGAUGUUUGGUCACUUGGAUGCAUAUUUUAUGAAAUGCUUUGUGGAAGAACUCCUUAUUAUCAUGAAAAAGUUUAAUACUUAUAAUAAAUGAUCUAAAAUGAAAAUGUUUAGUUUCCAAAUGAUAUUUAAAUAUCAGACAACAUGAAGAAAUUAAUUACAAGGAUGCUUGCUAAAACAGAGAAUGAUAGGAUCAGUAUUGUAUAAGUAAUUGAAUACUUAGAGUAAGUUUGAA